GUUUAUGGUGAUGGUGGAGUACUGUCGCCAUGGUAACCUGCAUCAGUACCUGCACCGCCACAAGAACAGCUUCAUCAACCAGGUGCACCCCAUCACCGGGGAGUUUGACGCUACCCUGGGAGAGGAGGAGUAUGCCGCUGCCAUGAGGCGCGACUCCACAUCAGAGAGCACUCCGCUGCAAUACGCCAGUCUGGCACACAGCUCAGACGGCCAGGUGACCAUAACACCCGGCCGCAGCCUCUACCGGUCGCCGCGGCGUGGUAGCACCAGCUCCAGCGUCCACAGUGCCGCCUGGGACUCGACGGACCCGACCGGCGCCGGAGCUGAGGACUCGGUGUGCCAGAGCCCCAGCGCGCUCGACGACGAGCCGCGGUUCGCCACGCUGAGCGGUGGCGGCCGGCGGCCCCGGCGCACCCCGCUCACCACACGAGACCUCCUGCAGUGGAGCUACCAGGUGGCGCGCGGCAUGGAGUACCUGGCCUCGCGCAAACUGCUGCACGGAGACCUGGCCGCCCGCAACAUCCUGCUUGCAGAGAGCCGGAUCGUCAAAAUAUCCGACUUUGGACUGUCGCGGGAUAUUUAUAAGACAAAGGAUUACAGGAAGAAGGGCAAGGGUCUGCUGCCGGUCAAGUGGAUGGCGAUCGAGUCGAUUCAGGAGUCGCUGUUUUCCACCCAGUCUGACGUCUGGUCGUUCGGUGUCGUCAUGUGGGAGUUCUUCUCACUGGGCGCCACGCCCUACCCCGGCAUGGAGUACGACGUCAACUUCGUCAGGCGGCUGCGGGACGGCUACCGUAUGGAGGCGCCCAAGUUCUCUCCGAGCUCCACUUACCAGCUGAUGUUGGACUGCUGGAAGGAGACGCCGGGUACCCGACCCAGCUUCACCGAGAUCAGCGAGCGGCUCGGGCACUACCUCGAGGAGCAGGUCAAAAAGGACUACAUCCAGCUGAACGAGCCGUACCAGGUGAUGAACUCAGAGUACUUCAACCGCCGGGUGGACUACGUCAACACGCUCAUCAGUCCCGACUAUCAGAAUGUGACGCCGCGCGGCCAACCCCUCGGCGCAGGCUCCGAGCGGGGCUCCGUAGGAUCGCAGGGCUCCCAGGAGGGGGUCACCGUGUGGCCAGACACGGGGGUCGCCGGAUAUAUAGCCCUCAGCAAAGGAGGUGCCCCAGCUCCGCUGGUCGACGACGACAGUUACCUGCUGAUGUCGCCCGGACCCGACUCCUCUCCGGAUGGAGGCGUCUUCUCGCCGCGGCCUCGUGACGGCGCGGGACACUUCGAGUUCCCGCCACCGCCGCAGCUGGCGCGCGAGUCGCCGCCGAACGGCUUCUAUAACCCGUCCUACCACGAAGCCGGCAAGGGUCGCGUGCCAUCCACGCCAAAAAUGGGCACCAAAGUGUCUCGCCCCGCGAGACCGGCCGUCGCGGAAGCCUCGGAAGAGCACAGAGAUCAGCGAGAGGACACGCCGGUGGCGAGCUCUCCUGCGCCGGAUGAAGACCAUGCUUCCCGUCUGCCGCCGGGGGUCGAAGCUGACACUCACUACCGAAUACCGGUCCCGGUCGGAUGCGAACAAUUGGUGUAAGAGGGCAGUGAAAUCCCUCGUGUUUGAGUGCUGAAUGCAUCAGGGGACAGCUCGGAGGCUGGGCGGCGCUUGCAGGGGCUUUGAGCUGGCUUCCGUGCUGCUCUGCGGCAGAAAUAUCGUAUCGCUCUGCGCGGGGAAGUCGCAUCCAGGGUUCGUACUCGUCCUGGCCGUCAAACUUCAUGCGCCGAGCGCAACAGGCGGCAAACGAGUUAGUUGUCGCGGAGGCCAGUUGACGUCGCUGUUGUCGCGGUGUUAAAGAUACGCUUGUGCCUGCGUUCUGAGUGGCUGCCAGUGCAGUGAUCUUCAGCGGUCGAGAGUGGUUCCUGGUGAUCUUCAGCGUUCCAAUGGGGUUCAUGGUGAUCCUCAAUGGCUCCUGGGGAUCUCCUAAGGUCUUUGGUGUUCCUCGAUGAACUUGGGGGCCUCUGAUGGUCCUCGUUGGUCUCCGGUGCUAUUCAAAGGUCUCUGGGGUUUGAUGAUGCCCCGAAGUUUUCUGGUCUAUGGUGGGCCGUUCGAUCUAGUGCAGUGCAGUGUUGGAGAAGUUUUUACGCUCCUCGUGCCACCAUUUAUUACCUAGUCGACGUCCGAUAAUUGCGUUUCAACCUUUGUGUUAAGAUUUGGGACUGGUAUUAGUGUUCACACUUCGCAGAUUGAGCAAGUAUCUCGAUCAUUCGCGAUGGAAGUGCCAUGAUGGAAUGAGUGAAGUGCAUUCGCUCGUGUUGCCUUUUUACCAGUGUUUUGCGUUGUUCUGCUUGUACGCGAUUAGCCGGCCAACCUAAGCUAAGAUCGAGUUUUUCGCAUAUUGAGAUUCAGCGAUUCUUAAACGUAUUUAUGCCUCUAUAAAACUCGUCUCAGUCAGGUCGUUUUUACAGGAUAAACGGAACUCACAGAUCAACUAUAGUGCCUCUAACUUGUUUUGCUGCGAGGGUUAGCAUGUCUUUUAUUGGCAGUACCGGCGUGUAGUCAUUUCGAGCUUUUCCUCGUGAGGCCAGUCUCAUCUCUUUGCCUGGCACAAAAGGGGUAGCAGACGGCUUUUUUUAGAUAUAUACUUGUCGUUCAUCACGGUAACACAUGUCAGUCUCCGGGGCCAAAUGUUAUCACGCUUCGCCUGUGUUCGUUUCGCAAGUGAUAUGAUGCAAAUGGUAUAUGAAAUGAAAGUACAAUGAUAAGGACUAAAGGUGGAUCGUUUUCGAAUACGCGCGAGAAGGGCGGUCGCAGUCAUGUCGUGUUCGACUAAGUGCCAUGUAUAGCCAACGGUUAUGCUUAUAUUUGAAUAAAUAUUCAUCCGAAACGAGGUA